UUGGAAAAAAGGUGUAGAAAGAAAAAAAGUUAAAGUAAUUUUUUUAAAACGAUUAGUCGUAUGUAUUUGGAUUGUUUAAUUGGAAGAAAUGUGUGUCAUUAUAUAGUUAUUAAUUAAAGUGCCAAAAAAUGAUUAAAUAGCAACCGGGAAUUGGAAAAAGAAAAACAAAAAACCACAAAUAUGAUUCCUUAAAAUAAAGAAAAACACUCUCACACACAAAAAAAAAUAGAAAAUAUAUUUCUGCCAAGUACUAGUCACAGCAAUAAAAUAAAAUAAAAGUACAUAGAGGUACGAAGAAAAUACGUAAAGUUAAAUAAACAAGGAAGACAUCGUUUGCAUUUAUUGAUACAAGAUUAACAAUUUUUAUUAUUUAUUUCUAAACAAUACCUACUACAUACAAUUUUUUAUUAUUAAUAAUUAAUAAUAAAUUGCCACAGAAAGAAGCAGUAGACAAACAAAUAAAUAUAAACAAACAUACAGACAUACACAGAGUAAAACAACAAAAAUGGGUAAUAAAAAUUCUUGCUGUGCCUAUUCGAGUCCACAAUCGGAUCGAAAAUCAAAAGACAUACCGCCCGUUUACGAAGAACGUCAUCAUAUACAUCAGCACAACUCGCAGCAUCAGUUGGAUGGCCAUGGUACAGCCUCCACGGCUGCGGUACACCACAGCGAAGAGCUGAAUGACAAUUCACAGCAUCUGCAGCAUAUCUCGGAACGUGAGGGUGUGGAGGGAGAGGAGGAUCCUUCUGUAGAUCCUACAGCAGCCACUAUGUUUUUAGAACGUUCCAAGGUGGAGAAUGGCGGCAUAACACGCAAGAGAUCUCAGCACCAAAUAGCUCAGCAGAACUCUACCGGUGGCCUGAAGAAGAGUUCAUCGUGUUCAACCAUUUUUCUAGAUGACAGCACAGUCUCACAACCAAAUUUGAAGAACACCGUCAAGUGUGUGUCACUAGCCAUUUACUAUCACAUCAAGAACAGACAGUCCGACAGGCGUUUAGAUAUAUUCGAUGAAAAAUUACACCCCUUGACCCAUGAUACGGUGCCCGAGGAUUACGAUACACACAAUCCAGAACAUCGACAGAUAUACAAAUUUGUGCGCACAUUAUUUAAUGCUGCCCAGUUGACGGCUGAAUGUGCCAUUAUCACACUAGUCUAUUUGGAGCGUUUACUAACGUAUGCCGAAUUGGAUGUGGGUCCCUGUAACUGGAAGCGCAUGGUAUUGGGCGCCAUCUUAUUGGCUUCAAAGGUAUGGGAUGAUCAGGCCGUUUGGAAUGUGGACUAUUGUCAGAUUUUAAAAGACAUUACCGUAGAAGAUAUGAAUGAGCUGGAACGACAAUUUCUAGAGCUCUUACAAUUCAACAUAAAUGUACCCUCUUCAGUGUAUGCCAAGUAUUAUUUCGAUUUACGCACACUAGCCGAGGCCAAUGAACUAUCAUUCCCCACUGAACCGCUCUCGAAAGAGCGGGCCCAAAAGUUGGAGGCCAUGUCCAGGGUUAUGCAGGAUAAAGUCACAGCCGAAGCCCUAAAGAAUGGCAUUAAAAAGUGGUCGUCAAUGGACAACAUCAGUCAAGGUGGCCCCAGACGUAGUGUGGCUAUACUAUCGUGAUUUUUAUUAGUUUAUUAAACUUAAAGAAAAAUAAAAAAAGGUUCACUUAAAAAUCCAAAGUUAUAAAUGGUUUGCUGCAACCUAAAUUUUGAUAAAAAAAAAAAGAAAAAACAGAAAAGGAAACCAAUUGCCAAAACAUACAUAUUUCUAUUAUGCACACACCCACAAAACAACACCUGACACUUAAAAACACACACACCAACCAACCGACAGACAGACACAGAACUAACAAUAUUUCUCUCGAAAAUAAAAAUUUAAAAGCAUUUGCUUAGCAAAAUGCUAAUAGACGCGAAAAAGAAAAACGAAAUAUUGGGUAUAAAUCAAGUUAAUGUUGCGAUCUAAUCUUAACAUGGUCUAAGAAAUUUACGAAUGGGUCAUCUUAAUUUCAAUUAACAAUUAAAAUCUUUGAUAUCAAAGUCUAUUUGGAAAGUCCGAAGAACUGAAUGAAUAUAAAUCGGGCAAUUAUUUUGUGUUUUUUUUUUAAUACAACGAAUGUAUUGAAGUUAUUUUAAUCUUGUAUUUUAUAAUUCAUAUCAAAGAAUAAUAAAUAAUUAAUUAAAAUUAGUUUUACAUCCAUUUUCUCAAUGCCUGGUUAUUGUUUAUCGUAAUGACUUCAAAUCGAAGCGAAAAACGAUAACCAGACAUUUUGAAAAUGAGGAUAAUGGGUCUAUUAUGGAUAGCAACAAAAAAUCUCUAACAUACAUACAUAAAUAUAAGAUUUUCUUUUUCGAAUCACGCAAUUGGUAUAAAAUUACUUUAAAGAAUAUUAAAGAAAACUAAAUAUACAAAUCCAUUUUACUGAAAAGUUAUUUUCGCAAAAUUUCUAUAUAUAGACCAUAAAAAACAUUAAUUUAUUAAAAAUUGAACACUAUAAUCAAAAUAAGCUAUUUUGUUAGAGGCCGUGGUCAAUUAAGACACAAAAUUUUAAUUUACGAAGUAAAUCUAUACUUUUUUCGAAAAAUUAUAAAUCAAAAUAGAAUUAAGAAUUCUCAAAACUAUCUUAAUCUCAAAUAAAAUAAACGUACUAUUGCAACAUAGUACAUCCAUGAACUAAGAGACUUGUGUAAGUAUUUAUUUCAAAAAUACAUAGUUCAGCUUCUAGCUGCAUAUAUUUCUAGGGACUUUAUCGCAACAUUAAUUUGAUUUAUACCCACAAAUAACAAUAUUAAAACUAGUAGAUUUCAAGUAGUAAAGUAAAGUAAAUAACACAAAAAUUAAUAAAUUAACAAAAUAAAAUAUGCAAUUUUAAAACUUCCCCAACAAAAAACGAACUAAAUUCGUUACAAAUUUGUAUUUAUGAUUUCAAAUUUUUUGGCUGCUAUAUUUUAUAUAUGAAACAAAAUAAGAAGAAAAAUAAAAAUAAACAACUUUAACUUAAAUCAUGCAAUAUUAACAAACAAAUAAAAAUUAAAAUUGUUUUAGCCCUUUUUUGAUCUUUUGUGUAUAUUGUAUUGUAUAUUAAAAAAAAACAACAAACAAAAAAUCCAAAAACUACAAUUUAUUAUGAAUUUACCUAUAUAUGUAUGUUAUUUUUUAUUUAUGUUUAAUUUUAACUAAAAUAUUUCUGUAGAAAUUCUACUUUUAAUAGUUUUUAAGAAGCUUCCUUAAAUAAAAAAAAAAAAACAAAAACGAAACCAAUAAAAACAGAAUUUCUUAUAUUUAAUUUCGAUUCUAACUAUUUUUUGUAAUAAAUUAUUAAGAAUAGAUUUUAAAAAUACAGUGAAAAAAAAUCAACAGAAA